AUGGCUUCUGAAGAUUGGACUACUGUAUAUUCAGCACUGGAUGUGGAUGAGAAAGUAUCAGCUUAUAACUCCAUUAUAAUCAAGAUGCUUGACGAGUUCUUACCUGAAAAAACCAUCAGAGUACAUCACUCUGAUAAACCGUGGAUCACUGGUAAUAUUAAAACGCAAAUCAAAGCUCGUCAGAAGGCCUUUUCUCGUGGUGAUCAGCCAAGAUACAAACAACUAUGCGAGAAAGUGGCAAACCUUAUAGCUAAAGCUAAAGCCACCUACUAUCGGUCCAAGGCCUCAGAAUUUCGUACCUCGAAACAAUCGAAGUGGUAG